AUGGAAGAAGGUCUGGGUCUGUCCUCGUCCUCCAACGCGCUGGAGGCCCCGGCCCCCCCUAAAAUCCCUACAGCUGCGCGGGGUAGAGGCAGGGGGAAGGCCAAGAGGCGGGCAGCCACUGCCCGGUCCAAGCCGGCUGAGUGUCCGGCUGCGGCGGAUAGUAGCCUGAAAAGUGCAGCUCACACAGACUCCUCCGUGAUGGAGGUUUCGGACGGGGAGGGGUCAAAAGGUGCGCGCCUUUCUGAGACGCUUCGCCAAGCCGUCAGGGAGGGGCUCCGGCUGGUAGCGGGGAAGAAGACCCAGUCUGCGAGAGCCGCUCAGUUGAAGUUGGUAGAGGCGGAAAUUAUGGCGGCGGCUUUCGAUGUGUGCAGGAUUCCCUCAGCGGGGAAAGUCCAUCAGGAGUUGGCCGAAAUGCGGCGGGAGCUGGCUCGCCUGUCGGUCUCGAAUGCCGCUCUGGAGGCCGAGCUUCGGUCCACCAAGGCUGAGCUUGCCGCUUGCCGUAGAAGCCAACUCCAACCUCCGGCGCAACCUCAGGCGGAGCCCGAUGUGCUCGGGCUGUUGCGCAGGGAGAUGGCUGCUUUCCAGCAGCGCUAUGACGUUCUGGAAAGUAGGCUCCUCCGACCCCCGCUAGCGGCCUCGAGCACAUACGCAGCUGUUGCAGCUAGGCCGUCGUCCUCUUCGGGGCAGACUGGCCGCGGCGCUCAACCGCCGGCUAGGACACGAGCGGCCCCCCCAGCUAGGGCCCCAGCGCCCCCUCCGACGCAGGCACCAGCUGUACAAACGACGAAUGCGUCAGCGGGACGCAGAAAAAGGAGAAGGGACGCAGCGGAUCAGCAGGCAGCCCCAGCCACAGGCGUGCCUACCCCAACGGCAAGGGGUAAACAAAUCCUGCCUUAG